AUGAAGUGCCAUAGCACUAAGGAGCAGAAGAAGACUACCGGACGCAGUCCCCAAGAAGUUGUCAGCGGUGGAAAGCUAAAGGAGGGUGAGCAACCACGAUCUGAAGCACCCCCUUUAUCUGACGAGGAACCGGAACAGUCUGCUGAGACUGAUCCAACCCCUGUCGCUACACCUGUUGAGCCUGUUCCUUCGCGCGAAUACACCCCUAAGGUUCCAUACCCUGUUCCAGCAAAGACAUCUCGCAAGGAUCGGCGCAGUUUGACGAAAGGUUUGAUCUCUGACAAGAUUACCGGGGACAGUGAGCUAUUGAUGGUUUCAAAGGAGUGCACUGCGAUACUUCAGAACGGGCCGAUUAAGAAAUUGGAUGAUCCAAGCAAGUUUGUUCUCUCGAUACAAAUUGGGAAAACAGUAUUCGCUUGUUCUUUAUGCAAUCUGGGUUCUAGCGUCAAUCUCAUGCCUUACUCCGUGGCAAAACGACUGGGCUUCACAGAUUUCAAACCGACGAGAAUCUCCCUGGUGUUCGCCGACAGAUCAGUCAAGUCACCGGUGGGUAUUCUGGAAGAUCUCCAUGUCCGAGUGGGCAACACCUUUGUUCCAACAGAUUUUGUCGUACUGGAGGUUGAAGAGGAACCGAGAGAUCCACUCAUCAUGGGUCAUCCUUUCUUGUGCACAGCUGGUGCGAUCAUUGAUGUUCGACAAGGAAGGAUUGAUCUUCACCUAGGUGACAUUGCGAUGAAGUUCGAGAUGAACAAAUUGCUGAAGAAACCAAUGCUGGACGCGCAGAGUUACACAGUUGAGGAUGAAGAUCAAGCGUUAUUCCCUCAAGAAGGAAUGAUUGAGGAAAUCUUGACCAAUGAUCCACUCGAACUAGCCCUGAUCCGAUCUGAGACCGAGCACAACGUCAUGAGCGUGGACGCGGAUGGCUACAACAAGAUGCUUGACUCUGCCAAAAACGAGAGCAAUCAGAGCAGUGCAACGGGAGCAGCCACUUCGAAAAGCGCUACAAAGCCGAACAUGCAACUCGACGAUCCAUGGACCGAAUUGAAAGCUCCAAAGAUCGUGCUUAAAUCCCUCCCUACGGGGCUCAGAAAGUAUCGUAAGGCAUUAGGAUAUUCUCUAGCUGACAUUCAUGGUAUCCCACCUGAUAUGUGCAUGCAUAGAAUACACCUAGAAAAUGAAUCAAUGACUUCUAUAGAACAUCAGAGGAGGUUAAAUCCGAAUCUGAAGGAUGUUGUAAAGAAAGAGAUAAUGAAACUUCUAGAGGCUGGUGUGAUCUACGCCAUCUCAGAUAGCAAUUGGAUCCCUAUCCACCCAGAUGAUCAGGAGAAGACGACGUUCACAUGCCCAUACGGCAUGUUUGCCUACAGGAGAAUGACAUUCAGCUUGAGCAAUGCUCAUGGUGUUGCAGUGAUGCGAGGAGAAAGAUCUGGUGCUAAACUGGGAGAAGUGUCACUUCAUGCCACCAACAUCAGUCAAGGGAAUCAGGAGUUUCUUAGGGCACGCCGGUUUUUACAGGAGGUUCAUCAAGGACUUCUCAAUGAUCGCAAGACAACUCACAGACUGCUAUGCAAGGAUACCAAGUUCGAGUUUGAUACUGAUUGCUUGAAUGCAUUCCAUACCAUAAAAGGAACCUUGUUCAGUGCACCAGUUGUCCAGCCUCCAGACUGGGACUUACCUUUCGAGAUCAUGACAGAUGCGAGUGAUUUCGCAGUGGGGGCAGUGUUGGGACAGCAGAAAGAUAAGAAACUGCAUGUGAUUUACUACGCGAGCAUGACUAUGGAUGACGCCCAAUGCAGAUAUGCCACAACCGAGAAAGAGAUUUUAGCCAUUGUCUACGCCUUCGAAAAAUUUAGGUCCUAUCUAGUAGGUUCUAAAGUGAUAGUGCACAAGGAUCACGUGGCUCUGAGAUACUUGCUGACCAAGAAAGACGCCAAACCGCGCUUGCUCCGAUGGAUCCUCCUGCUCCAGGAAUUCGAUCUUGAGAUCAAGGAUAAGAAGGGGAUUGAAAAUGGAGUCGCAGAUCAUCUGUCAAGAAUGAAGAUCGACGAAGAAACUGCUCUCGACGACAACUGUUCCUCGGAUUCUCCCGUAGAUUGCUCCAUAGACCAGGAACAAUUUGUUGCUGCUAUCAAGAACAGAUAUUCCCACCUACCUUGGUUUGCUGAGAUAGCUAAUUUCUUAGCUGCAGAGAAGGAACCAGUUGAGUUUACUGGGAAUAAGAAGAAAAAAUUCCCGAGGGAUGCAAAACUCUACUUUUGGGAUGAACCGUUCCUUUAUCGACACUGCAAGGAUGGAGUUUUCCGACGAUGUGUUCCCGAAGCUCAGAUUCCAGAGAUCCUGCAUCAUUGCCACGGUUCUUCUUAUGCUGGACACUUUGCGGCAUUCAAGACCGUCUCCAAGGUCUUGCAAGCCGGCUUCUGGUGGCCCACAAUGUUCCGUGAUGCUCAAGCUUUCAUCUCCAAGUGCAAUUCCUGCCAAAGACCGGGGAACAUCAGCAAGAGAAACAAGAUGCCUCAGAAUUUCAUACUUGAGAUUGAGGUUUUCAACUGUUGGGGAAUUGAUUUCAUGGGACCAUUCCCACCUUCGUACAAGAACGAGUACAUUCUAGUCGUGGUGGACUAUGUCUCAAAGUGGGUAGAAGCAAUCGCCAGCCCUACUAAUGACGCGCGUGUUGUGACCAAGAUGUUCAAAACCAUAAUCUUUCCAUGGUUUGGAGUACCUAGAGUGGUCAUAAGCGAUGGAGGCACCCACUUUAUCAACAAGGUUUUCCAAGGCCUCUUGAAGAAGAACGGUGUCAAGCAUAAGGUUGCAACCGCAUAUCAUCCGCAUACGAGUGGCCAAGUGGAAGUGUUUAAUAGAGAGAUCAAGAGCAUCCUACAGAAAACAGUCGGAACUACACGAAAGGAUUGGUCUCUCAAAUUAGAUGAUGCACUAUGGGCAUACAGAACAGCGUACAAGACGCCACUCGGGACCACUCCAUAUCACCUGGUCUAUGGCAAGGUGUGUCAUCUCCCAGUGGAGCUUGAGUACAAGGCGGCAUGGGCUGUCAAACUGCUCAACUUUGAUAUCAAAUCAGCCAAGGAGAGGCGGUCCAUCCAGAUUCACGAGCUCGAAGAGAUCAGGCUGAAGUUGUUCCCUGGGAAGCUGAAGUCCAGAUGGUCAGGCCCGUCUACCAACAAGGAGGUCCGACCAUACGGAGCAAUUGUGUUGAUGGAUCCUAAUGGGGGAGAGUUCGUUGUUAAUGGACAGCGUCUUAAGCCAUACCUUGCUGAAACAAUAAUCGCAGAAGUUUGUUUUGAAAUUUGUUCUAGGAAAAAGAAAACUGAAGCUUCCAGGAGGAGCAAUCUGCAGACUGUUCUCGCUGAAGAACAGCCGCUCCUUCAGAUUUUGGUUCUAACUCUUUGGGUUUUCGAGUUCAAUUCUGUCUUUGAGGUCCUCCUCUCUCAAUCGAACAAGAUGCCUCCACGGACCAAGCAAAAGUCGGUUAAAACCCCGAAAAUCACCCGCGAGAACUAUGUGCCGCCUCCGAACCACAAUGCUCCGGCUUCAUACCCAUGGCCGCGCAAGGACCAAGAGGGUCAGCCAAUCAAUAUCGACGACCCGACGCUCCUCGACUUCAACUGCGAGGGAUGGGACAAGGAGUCUGCGAAACGGUACAACUCACUCCUCAACAUCGAGAUCCUCCCCACUCGUUUCGGUCACGCAGACACCCUCGUCUCCCUUGGUCUCGACACUGAUGUGUUCAAAACACUCCACGCCAUGAGGAUUGCUCCUCUCUGCUACCGAACGCAUGAACUCUACAAGGAUCUUGUUUGCCAAGUGCUCGCUACGGCUCACAUCGGGUACGACGAUCCCUCCAAGCCAACGUAUGAGAACUGUUUCUUCUCUUUCAUGGCCGACGGCAAAUUCUGCUCUCUCUCGCUCGACAAGCUCAAUGAGAUUUAUGAGAUCUAA